GCGCCGAAAUGGCGGCGCCCAGCGAGGGCCGUGCGGGCCGCGGCUCUGCGCCCUUCCCGGGCACCGACAGCGGCUCCUUUCCCUUCCCUUUCGCCGGCCCGCACGGCACGGCGGGGGAGCCGCCCAAGAAGCCAUGCCGAGCCUGCACGGAUUUCAAGAGUUGGCUCCGCGAGCAGAGGAAGCAGGCGGCCCCGGGCAGCGCGGACGUGGCGGUCGCGGAGGAGAAGGAGCCCCCUCCGGACUGUCCCCUGGACAGCGAGCAGCUGGGCCGCAGCACCUGGGCCUUCCUGCACACCAUGGCCGCCUACUACCCCGACCGGCCCUCCGGGGCACAGCAGAGGGAGAUGAGGGACUUCAUCAACCUCUUCUCCAAGUUCUACCCCUGCGAGCACUGCGCAGAGGACCUGAGGGAGAGAUUACGGACAAACCAACCCGAUACGAGCACCAGGAGUAACUUCUCCCAGUGGCUGUGUCUCCUCCACAACGAAGUGAACAGGAAGCUGGGGAAGUCAGAAUUCGACUGCUCCCGUGUGGAUGAGCGCUGGAGGGAUGGCUGGAAGGAUGGGAGCUGUGAUUAACCCACAGGGAUUGCUCUGGGAAUCCAGCAGGGCAGUUCAGUCCAUGUGGACUCGCUGCAGGGACAGUGGGAGUCAGUAACUCUGUUUGUGUGGGACUGAUUCAGAGCUGAACCAAUGCCAGAAGGAGAAUUGAAAAUCCUAUCCCAAUGAUUUUUUGAUAAGUGGUACCAGUAACGGUACCUGAGGGGUUGAGGCUGCCAGAAACCGCUGAGAUUGGGUCACUGACAAAUUCAUUUCAUUAUGACAUUUCCUGAUUUGGGGGGCAUUUGCUUAUUUUUGUGGCUAGAAUUAAUUUUCCCUGAACAUAGUGGUGUUCUCCGCAGGCAUUUCCUGAUGUUUUAGAAAAUGCAUCUGAUUAAUUGUCGUUUUCAUUUCUGUUGUUCUGAUAGAGAAAAUUCAUGCUGGCUUUUGUGCCAAGUCUGCACCCCUGGAUUUCUCUUUCUGGGAUCUCCAACAUUUGUUGUUACUCUCGCAUCCAGUUCCUUUGAUAAGAGUCCUGAGGGCGGGUACAUUUAAUUUACACACUAAAAUUGUGGAGCCCAGAUUUCUCAGUUUGGUUUCGUGUUUCACUUUAUCAUGUCAGAGGACAACACAGAGUCAAAAUCAUUUCAAGUUCUUCACAGAGCUCGUGAUCUCAUCCCUUCCUGCACUCCUGGCUGGGAGAAGUUUGCACAAACCCUGACAACAGCAGUUUUUUUUCCCUUCCCUGCUUCCUGCUGAGGUUUCCCUGCGUGUUUUAUUGAGCUUCCUUAUGUCAUACCCCACAGCACACCUGUGAAUUUGCUGUUGAGGUGGGGUUUUUUUGCAAGUUUUGACUGGAAACAUUAAUGCACCGCUUCUCUGAGACUUUGGUCCUCACACCACUGUGUGGGGCUCCUCUGUGGUUAGAGAACCAGUAACACCUUUGGAAGCACAUUUUAAUAUUUUAUGGCACAGUCAAGUCCUUUCAAGUCGGGGCUGUUAAAUGAAUGUGAGACUUUUAUGGGCUAAUGAUUUCUGAACUUUUUAUGUCAUAACGUUUGCUAAACACAAACCCAAACAAACUCAUAAUGAGGUACUGCACGAAGAGUGUGAUUGAAGGCGUCCUUCAGGCUAUUAAAAGUGCUCAGAAAAUUUUCUUAUCACCAUGUUGGGGUCCUUAGAACAGAUAAAUCCCAGCUCUUGGGUUUUGUCUUUUGGUAAUAAACUCAGCCCCCAAAAGAAAGCCCAGUGGGAUCCUCUAGAGGGGAGAGGACCAACGAAAGGGCUGCAGCUCUCCCUUUUUGCAGGUGGGACCCAACUGACUCAGUUCUGUCAGGACACUUUCAGCAGCUGGGGGCGUGGGUGGGCGUUUCCCUCUGGGUUUGGUUGUGCUAAAGCAGGAAUUUUGUGUUCUUCCAUUCCAAUCUGCCCUCCGCUGCUCUCUGUGACGAUUUCCUCGCCCACGGGGCAGAUGAUGAGGUUUCUCCCUCGUUUGUUUCAGUGUGAACCAGCAGGUUGGUGAAGCAUCUGUCCCAUCCUUUGUCACCUUCAUCUACCAGGGGACCAGGCUGUGGAGUUGCAGUGCCCUGUGCCAGUCCCGGGAUGGGCUGGGCAGGGUCAGGGACCAGCACAGGGACCUCCCACCACACCUCCCUGAGCGCAGAGAGGGAACUGAGGGGGCAUCCAACACAUUCUUCAGGGAAGUGCUGGUGGAGUGCAGGAGGAAAAGCCUGUCCUGUCCUGGCAGGGGUUGGGAAGAGGCUUCAAGCUGAGUCUGUGUCUUUAGCAAAUCCUGCCUAAAAAUGAGGCCACCAGCUGUGGCCAGGAUGCUUUUAGGGCAAUUUCUAUCUUUGCCAAGUGGCCAUUUGAUAAAAUCUGUGCUUGCACUCUCAUGUUUUUUGACUAGACAGAAGAGCUCUGACAUAGUUUUUUCCUCAGGCAUACCCUCACCUCUGUGGACUUGACCAUGUGAGGAGUGGAGGGAUUUGUUCUGCUGCUCGUUUGUACCACAAGUUUUAGUCUUGGGUAAGGAGUUUCCAUUGGAGGCCCUCAUACUCGUGUACAGAAAAUGAUGAAUUCUCUACUAACUGCACUCAAUUAAAUCUAGUUUAAAAAAUCUCUGUAUUCAAAUUAUAUUUCCUGUUGAUGUGAAAAUAAUAAAGCAACUGAGUUCA